UUUUUUUCCCAUCGCCCAGGUGCUCCGGCGGCUGCAGCGCGGGCGGUGCGAUGAAGUUCCAGCCUGACGUCAGCUCAUCGCGGCGCAAGUCGCGCAAGGCGCACUUCAAUGCGUCGUCGUCGCAGCGGCGGAUCAUUAUGAGCUCAGCGCUGUCGAACGAGCUUCGGAAGAAGCACUCUGUGCGUUCGAUGCCCGUGCGGAAGGAUGACGAGGUUUCCGUCGUGCGGGGCACGUACAAGGGGCGCGAGGGCAAGGUGAUCCAGUGCUACCGCAAGAAGUGGGUCAUCCACAUCGACCGCAUCACGCGCGAGAAGCAGUCGGGGGCGACGGUGCAGGUGGGCAUCCAUCCGUCCAAGUGCGUCAUCACGAAGCUGAAGCUCGACAAGGACCGCCGCGCCAUCCUCGAGCGCAAGGCCCCGUCCAAGGCCAAGAAGGGCAAGUACACGGAGCAGGACGCCGCGAUGCAGGAUGUGGACUGAGCCCGCCCUAGCACCCCCCACAGGGGCCUCAGUGAUGCGCUCUCUGUUGUUUUUUGUCUCCGUUUCAAACGACUACUGUAAAUCCAA